UGACAGCGUGAAGUAAAACGCAAUUAAAACUAUCGCUUACAACUAUAUUUAGUUAUAUUUUACCCUUAAAUCGUGUUAAGAUUUAAUUUAGAUAUUCCUAAUUACUCUUUAAUUCAAUAUUCCGUGGUAUAAAGUUGUGCCCCAUUCAUAAAUUGCUGAAACUGAGGUUUACAGUCUCUAUCCUGCUGCAGUUUUUUACAAGUUCCUUUAUUAGACAUGGAGCGAACUCUGAAAAAAACUGUGUCGUUGCGUCAGAUGAAAUUGUUGUUGGAGUUUUUAGAGAAGAAUAGAAAUCUGGCGCUCGGCCGAUUGAGAUCCAAGGAAGGGCGCGCGUUGUCUAAAAAAUUGUGGGCCGAGUGCGCGGACAUUUUAAAUGUUGAAAAUGUCGGCUCUUCAUUUAGAAAUGGCAGGGAAUGGGCUAAGUUUUAUACAGACUACAAAGCCCGGCUAAACAACAAAGUAAGAGCAAUGAGAAAUAAUGAAACCACAGCAGCAACGGGAGCAGAAAUAGAACUCACCUCACUGGAAACCAGACUGUGCAACAUCCUCGGGUACAAUAUCAAAGAUCUGCUUAUGGCGAAAGCAAACCCUUUAAGCUUAACCCGAGAAGCAAAGAAAGAAUCAAAAAUUAAAGCAAAGAGAGUAAAACUAAAAAGAAGAAGGAGUUCAUCAGACAGUUCAAUAAAUUCUGCAAAAGAAACUCUAGAAAGAAUAGAAGAAUCCCGAAUUGAAGUAGACAGGCUUAAGGCUGACGGUCUCUUCAAGAUAGCGGAGAGUCUAGCACAGAUGGCGGAGGCUCAGAACAGGGUGGCAGCAAGUAUGGAGAACCUGGGGGCCGGGGUGUGGCAGCUCUUGCAGAGGUUUGGUCCCGCUCCGGGGCCACAGGAUGGGAAAAUUUGGGAGGAAAAAGUUCAAGAGCACAAUAUCCUGCAAUGAAGACGGCACCAAUGGUUAUUAUCAAGGAUAUAUUUUUU